AUAUUCCUGUUGUUUAGAUAUUUAUUCCUGCUUUCCUAAAAUAUUCUUCUCCAGUCUUCAUUAUUUUUUCUCUUUGGGUUUCCAUAUGAAUCCCCAGGCGUCCGCACUCCUUUAAGAUAUCCAAAUCUUCCUCUUCAAAAUCUUCCCAGAAGUUCUCAAUUAUUAUUUUGUAAUCCUUCCAUUUACAUCUGUUCUCCAAAGUCUGGCAUAUUUCCAUCCAUAUCUCGUAUUCUUGUUCUAGAUAUUUUUCCUCCCAUUCGUUAUUUUGUACCGGAUUCUUAAAUUUUUCCCAGGUCAAAGUAUUAUUUUCCUCCCAUUUCUGGUACAUUGGCAUGGUUUCUAUUAUAUCAAAAUAGGACUUUGUAUUUUUUAGACACUCCAAAAUCAAUCUUAUUCCGGUCCGUAUGUUCUCCUUUACUUCUGAUUCCAUCUCCUUUUCCAUUUUCAUCUUUUUCAUCAACGCCAGUCUCUUCUUUUCCUCAAUUAACAUUAAGUUCAGCAACUCCCUAAUGUGCGAUCUGUCUGUUGUAAUUUCCGUGGUUGUCGGUUCCGGAGUAUCACGCAAAAGUUCCUCUAUGUCUACAUCCCUUUCGUAGUGGGUUGUAGCUGUGAUGGUCACGUUUUCAGUUGGACACGUUCCGGUCAGCUCUAGAGACUCUUCCAUCUCACAUAGGCUGUCUGCCUCAUCGUCACCAUCCACCGUCACAUGUUCAAUCAACUCUUGUUCGGAAUCCAUAUCCAUUCUAAAGAGAAUGCUAUUAGAGUGCGUCCGUUUUCCUGUUCGGUUUCCUGUUCAAUCUCUGGUGUCCUAGGAAUAAUUAAAUCAGGUUCCAGAACUACUUCCCAUUGCAGAUAUAAAUCGAUCCCCGUGUCGAAUCCAUAUGGAGCUGUCUUUGGUGGAAAUUUUCCAGUACAAGAGAAGAAACCCCUACACUGGCUCCCUGGCUACACCAAGAACGUAGACCUUGAACAAAACAGGCAACUUCAAUCCUGCAAGACAAACCAACAAGCAGUUCAAGUCAGGAUAUGAGCUAGAGAGGUUCCUCCAAGUCCUGAUAUAAAAUGCUCUGUUGAACUCAGUAAACCCUGUUGAAUAUUUUUCUCCGCAAAAAUUCUAAAAAAGUUCUCUCGUUGUUGUAGACUGCAACCAAAACAGUAAAGAAAGCAACCAGGGCAGUGUCCAUGGCUAGAGUUCUAGCUUGACUGGUUGAGUAUAGAGUUCUUUGGGUUACUGCACUUUGUAUAGACUAGAUAGUGUAAACUAUAUUUCUUAUUAUCAAGCCAAGAUAAAUGCCAAGAAUUCAUGACUUUAAAAUAUGAACCGUUUAAAGUUAAGGUUACAAGCAACAAAUAUAGAAAGACAGAAGUGUUUAUGAUUUCAAAGAUUUAUCUAUAUUUAUUUCACUAUGCAUAAAUAUAUUUUAUUAAUAUUCUU